GCUAAAAUUAGGAGUCAAGCAUAGUUAUAAAAGUACUUCUAAAUAAACUGCAAAUUGUAAAAUAGUGAGCUAACAUAUUUUUUGUGGCUAACUUAGUCAUAGCUAGCUAGCAAGCUACUGCUCCUUAGCCUACUGACACAGUAUGUUUGAUAUGUAUAUUAAUAACAUUAGAGCUAGCAUUGAUAAGUGCUUAUUAUUUGAAGAUAUAUGUAUCUAAGUGCCACAUUAUCUUAUAAAUGUUUUAUCUGUAGCAGCGCUGUGGCGAUUGAGUAAAUUAACUCAGUUUCUGCCGCCGCCAUUUUGUAUUAAGAUCAAUUGCGUAGAUUAACUCCAUUUCUGCCGCCGCCAUUUUGUAUUAAGAUCUGUCCGCCAUUUUGUAUUAAGAUCAGUUGCGUUUAUUAACUCAGUGGCUGUUUUUCAGUUCUAAGAACACAAAGAACGGACUUGGGUUCUCGUGAAGACGGAUCUUGCCAGGUUUCCUUGGAAGAACGAACUCUGAAGGACAGGAGGACACAGAACGCGUCUCUGUGAGAAUUGAGAUGAGCUGCGAUCUUCCUGUUGCGCAGUGGAGCGUCCCAGCACAUUUCUAGCAGUGGGACAGGACAAUAACUUCAACACUGCAACAUUCAGAAAAUGACCAACAUAACAUUAUUUACAUUUAUUUUGUCUUAAAAAUUUUAUAGAUUUUUUAAGACACACAAAAAUAAAGUGACUGCAUUGUAUUAUUGCUUUUAUAUUUUAUUGUAGACAGGGGCGGACUGUCCAUCGGGAGCACCGGGACAUUUCCCGGUGGCCUGACGUUCAUUCUGGCCUGCCGCCUGCCGCUGUGAAGUCGAUCAGCCUGACGCGAUAGGCUGGUACGCAACUGCGAAUUAAUUGACGGACCUCUCAAUCUACGAAUCAGGCAAUCGCGGAGUGAAAAUGGAGCGUAAACGCAAAGGAGGAGCAGAGAGGGAACGUAUAAAAAGGAGAAAAGCCCUGGCCACAGAUGCAGCAAGUUGCUGCAAAAUCCCAGCCGUGUUCGCCAGUAAGGUAGCAGAGCAACUAGAUGUGCAGAGUGAGAGAGAGAGGGAUUCAGGGAAAGAUGAUAGAGACAGUGAAAGCCAGAGGUGGCCUGGGGUGGAGUCAAAUUCCCGGCCUGAUUUACUGUCCCAGUCUGCCACUGAUUGUAGAGUUUGUGUAACGGGUAUAUUAUUUUGAAAGGAGAUUAUUUUUGGGAUACUUUUGUUUUGGCGAGUGAUCCGCUUUUUGGCGCGUACCGGAAGUGCAGCACGGAGAGACGAAGAGCGCGGGCUAUGAGUGUGUCGCACACAGGAGUGAGUGCAGUGUCGUGACCGAGAAGCUCGUUCGAUAAAGCUACUUCAACGGAAGAUUAUCGUGGCUUAAGUGGAAUAAAGGACGACAGCACUAAGUGAAAGUGUGGACAGCGACCCGCAUUUCAUAGCGAAAAAAGAGUUUUUCCCAGUUUUGCUCUCGUGGUAUGUGUUGACUGUUAGAAUGACGCAGUAACAUAUCGUGAAGGCCACGGACACUGUGAGUACGCUCAAAGUGCAAAUCCCGCUUGAUUUUUGUCAUCGAGAAACUCGUUACAUGUCUUUUUGCUGCAUUUUGCACUUCCCGUGUUUUGACUGAAAGCAUCGCUAAGAGCUAACAUUUCAACGGGACUGUUCACGUGUGGUUGAGUUUCCCGCACGUGUCUGAGCGCGAGUUCAAGAUCGCUGUGUCGUGCAGUUAAUACAGAGACGUAACUUUGAAGAUUGUGUUGCUACCCUGCCAUCCAAGUGACAUCUCAGUUUGAUUCAUCUUCAGUUUGAUCCUUUUUUUGAGAUAGUUUAUCUGUGGGAUAUUUUUAUAAAGUUGAGUGAAUUUUUGAACUUGCACAUUCCAACUACGUGAUCUUCAGUUUAUUUCAACGCACCCCACGUCAAGACAACGCACUCCAAUUCAUCGUUCUGUUAAGUAGUAUUUUUAUGCUCUGCACAAACGACCCCAGCUGCCCUCUAUAUCCCUCGAGACCGGAAGCUCCCUGAUUUCACUUGUUUGCGUGUCAAAACCAGGAGAGCUGAUUGUUGAAGAAUGGGUGGCAUCAGUGAGGUCUGCAUUUCAGGUCAUGAGGGUGCCCACUGAGGACCGGGUUGAGCUGGUGAAACAGCACCUAAAAGAUGAGGCCAAAGCCACAGUGAAGUUCAUGAUGGAAGGAAAAGAGGAGUCUGUUGACAACAUCUUCACUGUUCUCCUCGACACAUAUGGAGAUAAAGUGCCCAUUGGUAUGAGGCUGAAAGACUUCGACGACCGUGCUCAGAAUGCAGGAGAAACAAUACGCUCCUAUGCAUAUGCCCUUCGUGAAAGACUUAAUCGUGUUCAACGGCGAGAGCCAAAUAGAGUGGCGGAUGCUGAAAAGGUUCUGAAAGAGCAGUUGGUGCUGGGCCUUAAAGAUGACUUCUUGCGUCGAGAGAUGAAACGCAGACUUAAGGCUGAGCCAGAUUUGAGUUUCGUGCAAUUGAUGCAAGCGGCAAUUACCUGGUCAGAAGAGGAGGAAGCGCAGCCUUCUAGCAAUGUCAGGUCCAGUACCCAUGCCAGAGGGGUAGUGAAUGCUGCUGCAGCACAAGAUGCUCCCUCCACUCUGUCUUUAGAGAAACUGCAUGAGGCGAUCCAGAAAAUUGCUGCUUGUCAAGAAGAAUUAUAUCAGGCUGUCCAUGCAAAAGAAAGGAAUAGACCACAGCAGGGCCGUCCAAAGAAACAACCGUUAAAAGACAGUGAAGGCCGUUAUAUUUGUUAUUCGUGUGGUGAACCCGGACACACCAGUCGCUAUUGUCCACAAGGUGGCAAGUUGGGGAGGGGACCAGCACCCCACGUCAAGACAACGCACUCAAAGAAGAUUGUGUUGCUACCCUGCCAUUCAAGUGACAUCUCAGUUUGAUUCAUCUUCAGUUUGAUCCUUUUUUUGAGAUAGUUUAUCUGUGGGAUAUUUUUAUAAAGUUGAGUGACUUUUUGAACUUGCACAUUCCAACUACGUGAUCUUCAGUUUAUUUCAACGCACCCCACGUCAAGACAACGCACUCCAAUUCAUCGUUCUGUUAAGUAGUAUUUUUCUCUUUUUUUUUCCUUUUUUUUUGAUGACUGAACUGAUAAACAGUGAACUGUGGUAAUUCAAGUGGACUACAGAACUUGACGUGAUCUGUGAGUAAACAUUUGAAAGGGACGUUUCAUAUAAGUGCUCAUUCUGAGGUGAGGUUUCUUUGAAUGCUUUGUUUUUGUUUGUUGUUUUCAAAUGUGAUUGUUUGAAGGUGAUCAUUGGAAACGGUGAGAAUUUUUCCAAAGUGGGUUUACAAAUUCACAAAUUGCAAGUGUUUUCUUUUUUUUUUUUUAGUCACAUAAGGGAUUUGUCGUACUGCAAGUGAAAGGUUUUUUUUACGGUGUUGAAGGUGAUUGUGUGAAUUCAGAAAGACAGCACAAAGACUGUAGAUUCUUUUAUUUUCUUUAAUUUAACUGAUUACUCAAACAGAAGAAAUAACUAACCAUAAGAAAAAGGAAUUUAAAAGAAUAAAUUCUGUUUAAUUCCUUUUACACCUAUCCAUAGUGUACCUUUUUGUUGAGCUGUCAGGGAGUAGGGGAGUCUCACUUAUUUUAUUAGAUCUGGGGAGGGAGGAGCAUAUGUGUCAUAUAUAUGACAGACUGUACUCUGACAUGUGCAAUUUCACUUCAGGAAGCCACCGUGUAACAUUACCAUACCUGAAGCCUACCCUUGUCACUCAGUAGUGUCCCAACACAAUAAGGUAAGAAACCACAUACACACGUUAGUGUGUAAAGAGACUAAAAAGCUUGGGGAGCGGGGACCAAGAUCCUUUCGUUGUCUCAAACUUCCAGGGCAGCCGUAAUUCAUUUUCCCCUAUACAACGGGUUAAAAACCCCCCGUUACAUUUGGUUUUCACUCCUUCUCUUUUUCGGUCUCCUCUCCUCUCGUCCCUGAUCUAGUGUGCCCCUGUCUGGCUGCGCACUUCCUGUCACAGAAGGGUUCUCUGUCCUGCAUGAGGUGAUUAAAGUGGAUGGUGUUAUUGAGGGUUUAGAUUCAGUUGCCUCAUGCAUGGCAGAGAAGCACUUCCAUGUGGCAGCGGCGUCUCCUCCUCCCUCUGUAGACGCGCCAGACUGGGCUGCAAAAACUGAAUUACUUGAUUGUACAUGGUUUAAUUUAAGUAGUUUUAAAGUUUGAUGUUUCUAAAAACAAUGAUGAUGUUAAUGUAUUUGUCAGAAAUAAACAGCGUUGAUGUGUUUAAUCAGACAACCUACCUUGUAUGUCUUUUUUACAUUUUCCCACUUCCGGCUUUCCUGCUGUGGGGAGAGCUUGCCUUCAAGCUCCAUCUCUUCAAUUAUGUAUCUAAACAGCCAUAAUAAAGUGAAAUAAACACACAAAGACACACUUUGUUUAAUUAUUCUUCAUCACCUUUUUUCCAAGCCUGUAUUUAUUAAGCAUCUCACCGUCACUCACAUCAGGAAACACUCUGAGAGUUAAACUAACAGCUUCCACAAAAACAGUGAUAAAGUUGCAGAAGUGAAUGUUAAGGUGAUCUAUUUUACAGUUUUUGUCAUUGUGAACAGAUUUGCUACUUCAACACUCUUAACAGAUGCAAACAGACUUGAAAAUAUGGUUGUUUAUGGAUAAUGUAACUCACUUCCAGCCAUCUCUGGUGCUUUUUCGGCUGCAGCCGUUCCUGCUCUCGCCUUCUCAUCUCCUCAUCAGUCACUGUAAAACCCCAAACAUAUAAAAUAUUUAAGUUUAAUAUGUCAUAUAAAUUUGUUAGCUUAAUCACACGUGUUUCUGUCAUGGUGCUUCAAGCAGGAUCGUAGGCUCGCUAGUGGAUUUUUAAAAAUCAUUAAACACGUAAAAGUCGUUAGACU